AUGGAGGAACUCUCAAGGAUAUUGCAAGCUCUUUCUAUAAAUGAUCCUGUCAUGUACAAAACAACAACAAAAAAAAGCGGCGCCCGCCCCGGCCAGCAGCCACAGGGCGAGCAGGAGGAGCGGCCGGCGCCUCCGCCCCAGGCGCCAGCGGCGGGGAGGACGGAGCCCGCCAGCCCCAGCCAUCGCGGCGCACGAGCAGCCGGGCAGCAGGUGCGGCGCCUCAGGUGCGGCGCCGCGACUGACUCCCCGGCUCAGGGAUGCGGGAGCCCCGCCCCCGGCCCGCUCUGCCCCGCCCCCGGCCCGCUGCCUAGCAACCGCCGCUGCCUCCGGCGCGAGCGCACCUGGCGCUUGAAAGAUGCGGCCGGGCGGUUUGCUGGCAUCUUGCCUGGAAGGGUUGUCAGUCGUUACUUUAUGUCUCUUAUGCUUCUAUUUUUCUUGGUCCAGAAAGAUGCCUAUGCUCUGCCCACCCAUCUGACCCAACAACGAGACCCCUGGAAUCGACUGCAUGCCAUACCUACCUUAGCAAGCGCCAGGAGAGAAGUCUGGUACACAGAACCUGCGGUUUCCAAAGACAGCCUGGAUUUUAACCUCAGUUCCUUGUACAAUCACCAUAAAGACUUGCUUAAAGACAAGAGCGAGGUAGUUCUCCAUAAAGAGACCAUUUUUGAUGACCAUGGAGCUCUGAAGGGUUUAGAGUUUGUGAAGGAACGUGCUGUACCUCCAGUUCAUCCUCACACUUCCAAGGGCAUCGCUGUGAGACACUGGGUCAGCCCAGUAAAAGAGUCAAUCGACAGCAUUGAGGGAGCCAUUGAGAGUCCUCACACUGCAGCCACCAACAGUGGAUACUCCCGCAAAGAGAACGGUGGGAUCUUCUAUCACUAAAGGUUGAGCAAAGCCAUCCUGCUUCUGUCCUUCAGCCUGUAAUAAUUUGCAUCUGAGUUAACGCUUUAGUC